AUGUUUGGAUUGGGAAGACUUCUCUACGUGAUAGUUCUCAGUGUAAACGGAAUCGCCGUUCUAAGCGAGGACAGAUUCCUUAAUCGUGUGGGCUGGGGGUCGCUGUCUCCACAACCGGUUAACCAGUUCCAAAACCAGUAUGGAAUGCUGGCAACCUCCAACGACGCUGGUGUUAAGUCGAGAAUGGUUGCUCUCAUCAGUGCCAUUAGAACGUUAUUGAGGUUACCAUUGAUUGUGGUUAACAUUUUGAUCAUCUUAUACGAGUUGAUCUUGGGCUAA